CGUCGGCGUGACUCCAGAGAUCGGGGUUCUUUCAGGGCCCCUCUACCAAGGGAAUCCGAUACAUAUGUUCCCAGUGGCCGUGGUGGAAGGAGACGGAGGUCCCCUACUCCUGAAUCAGUAUCUCCCAUAUCUGCACGGUCUCGGUCGGACUCGCGCUCUCCACCACCUCGCAGACGAACCAGAUCAUCCUCGCGAUCUCGCUCUCCACCUCGCAGACGCAGAUCUAGAUCUCGAGACAGGAGUGGCACCUAUAGAGGUAGAGGCGGUAGAGGAAGAGGAAGAAGUCCAGAUCGUAGAACCCGACGAAGGUCCCCAACACCUUCAGAUACUUCCCUCUCUCGCUCUCCACGUCCGUCAAGACGAAGAAGAUCUACCUCUGAGUCCGUCAGUUCUUCGCCACCCCCGAGAUCUCGUAGAUCUCGUAGACGUGACUCUAGCUCCAGGUCUAGAUCUUUCUCGAGCUCCAGAUCACGAAGCCGCUCUCCCCGUAGAAGGUUGUCUCGCAGUAGGGAAAGAGCUGGGACCACACCAACACCAGAAGAUGAUAUUGAUGCCGCUGAGACACGAUCUGACGCUCGUAGGGGUUAUGAACGUGACGAACGUCGGCUAACACGGAGCAACAGCCGAAGCAUCACACCUCCUCGACGUCGGCGUCGAAGCAGAAGUCCGAGCAGAGGUUCAAGAGAUCGAAAGCGUCGCCGAUCAAUGGAACGAUAUGAGCCCGUUAGCAAGCGGCGCCGGAAUACCUCUUCAGUCUCAUCACCUAUUGAAACCAGAAACAAGAAGGCUGAUACUGAAGAUGAAAGCGAUAGGGGAUCCCCGAGACGAGAGAUCGAAGCAAGCAAACGUGCUUUGGAGUCCAACGAGGUUGGUAGCUCUUCGUAACCACCGGGGCUCUUUCUGUUUUAGAUGCAAUGUCUUUGGCGCACUACAUUCGUUGAGGCUGACCAAAUCUGAUGGCAUCUAGAUCCAAGAUCCGCAGAGACGGGCUAGUGAGCUGAAGGAGAAGCUAUUAAGGGAAAAGAUCAAGAAGAU